AUGAUUGAACGCCUCGGACAAGCGCAUCCCCACAUCGCCAAACCCUCCCAGACUGGGGUUGAACGCUAUCUCCAGAUGGGGCGAUGUUGGUAUGGACUAUGGACAAUGGUGCUUGACUGCGCCAUCGAUGUCUGUCUCCCGGCAUCCUUUGUGACGCACUCCAACAGAUUUGCCGACAUUCUGACCCGCGUUGGCUACGUCACACCUCUGUCUCUGUCCAUUGUUCUUGCCCGCCCUUUGUUCUUAUGGUCGGGGGCAAUUACUAUGAUCUUCCUCUACCGCGUCAUCCAGAAGUCGGUCUAUCUCACUAACCAUUGCGAUAAUGUCCCUGUGAUUGGAGAUGUCCAUCUGUUUGCCAUUGCGAUUCCGACUGUAACUUGCAGGCUACUUCCACCCUUGGCGACGGCAUACUUACCUCGAUGGGUUAGCUCAGGCACGCGACACGCCUCAGUUGAUUUCUACUGGAUUGUCCCAAGAACCCCCCGCCGGAAGCCUUCGCGAUGCAUCCGGACCAAAUAG